GGCGGGCGCGCGGGGCUGCGGCGGCGGCGGCUCGGCUUCACCCCCCAACCCAGAUCUGACACCCCUACCACCACCCACCGCGCGUGGGGCGUGGGGACGGUCCGCAUCCCGUAGACUGCCCUGCAGCCCCCAUGGGCUACCGCCCGCCGCCGCUUCGGCUGCCACCCAGGACCAGGCAGGAAUAAGCGCAGCCUCCUGAGCACAGGACCAGGCAACUACCAUGUCUGGAGACUACGAGGAAGACCUCUGCCGGCGGGCACUCAUCCUGGUUUCAGAGCUCUGUGCGCGGUUCCGAGAUGCCGACACCAGAGACAGGUGCCAGGAGUUCAACAGCCGGAUUCCAGGCUACCCCCGUGGCCCUGACGCAGACAUUUCCGUGAGUCUGCUGUCGGUCAUCGUGACGUUCUGUGGCAUUGUCCUCCUGGGCGUCUCUCUCUUCGUGUCCUGGAAGUUGUGCUGGGUGCCCUGGAGGGAUAAGGGGGGCUCGGCAGUGGGCGGCGGCCCUCUGCGCAAAGACCUGGGCCCUGGGGUGGGGCUGGCGGGCCUGGUGGGUGGCGGAGGGCAUCUGGGGGCCAGCCUGGGUGGCCACCCUCUGCUGGGUGGCCCCCACCACCAUGCUCACGCUGCCCAUCACCCACCCUUUGCGGAGCUGCUGGAGCCAGGUGGCCUGGGGGGCUCCGACCCCCCUGAGCCCUCCUACUUGGACAUGGACUCAUAUCCUGAGGCUGCAGCCGCUGCUGUGGUGGCUGCCGGAGUCAAGCCGAGCCAGACCUCUCCUGAGCUGCCCUCUGAGGCCGGGGCGGGCUCUGGGCUGCUGCUGCUGCCACCCAGCGGGGGCGGCUUGCCCAGCGCCCAGUCGCAUCAGCAAGUCACAAGCCUCGCACCCGGCACCAGGUACCCGGCCCUGCCACGACCCCUCACACAGCAGACCCUGACCACGCAGCCCGACCCUAGCAGCGAGGAGCGGCCACCCGCCCUGCCCCUGCCCCUGCCUGGCGGCGAGGAGAAGGCCAAACUCAUCGGGCAGAUCAAGCCCGAGCUGUACCAGGGGACAGGGCCCGGCGGCCGCAGGGGCGGCGGGGGCUCGGGUGAGGCAGGGACCCCCUGUGGCCGCAUCAGCUUUGCCCUGCGGUACCUCUACGGCUCUGACCAGCUGGUGGUGAGGAUACUGCAGGCCUUGGACCUCCCGGCCAAAGACUCCAAUGGCUUCUCAGACCCCUAUGUGAAGAUCUACCUGCUGCCCGACCGCAAGAAGAAAUUUCAGACCAAGGUGCACAGGAAGACCUUGAACCCUGUCUUCAAUGAGACGUUCCAGUUCUCAGUGCCCCUGGCGGAGCUGUCCCAGCGCAAGCUGCACUUCAGCGUCUACGACUUCGACCGCUUCUCCCGGCACGACCUCAUCGGCCAGGUGGUGCUGGACAACCUCCUGGAGCUGGCCGAGCAGCCUCCCGACCGCCCGCUCUGGAGGGACAUCAUGGAGGGCGGCUCGGAAAAGGCAGACCUUGGGGAGCUCAACUUCUCCCUCUGCUACCUCCCCACGGCCGGGCGCCUCACGGUGACCAUCAUUAAGGCCUCUAACCUCAAAGCGAUGGACCUCACAGGCUUCUCGGACCCCUAUGUGAAGGCCUCUCUGAUCAGCGAAGGGCGGCGUCUAAAAAAGCGCAAAACCUCCAUCAAGAAGAAUACGCUGAACCCCACUUACAAUGAGGCGCUGGUGUUCGACGUGGCCCCUGAAAGCGUGGAGAACGUGGGGCUCAGCAUCGCCGUGGUGGAUUACGACUGCAUUGGGCACAACGAGGUGAUCGGCGUGUGCCGCGUGGGCCCCGAGGCCGCCGACCCCCAUGGCCGCGAGCAUUGGGCUGAGAUGCUGGCCAACCCGCGCAAGCCGGUGGAGCACUGGCACCAACUGGUGGAGGAGAAGACUCUGACCAGCUUCACGAAAGGUGGCAAAGGACUAUCAGAGAAAGAGAACUCAGAGUGAGGGGUCUGGCCUAGGCUGGGGAUCUGACCAGGCCCCUCAGGACCCCACCCCUUCCUGCCCGGACCGUGAAAUCAUCUCCUUGAAGCCAUAGCGUCCGAGCUGCUGGUGCAGGGCUGCCCUGGGCCCGGCCGUCCAUCCCGGAUGUGUGUGGGUGGGCAGCGGGCAGCCCAGCGCCCUGGUUCAGGGUGGGGGGCAUUUAGCCUCCACUGUCUGUCUUGUCUUCCCAGGGCUCCCCCUCAAGGCGAGGGGCCGUGCAUGUCCGGGGGACCCCUCCCCCAACCCUCUGUUGCUCUGUCUCUUUACUGUUGUCCAAGCCCGGUGUCCUGAUUCUUGUUGUCACCGUGGAUGUCACCAAACCAGACCUCCGUGUCCCCCCCCCGCCCUCCGACACACACAGCUGUGUCCCCCACCGUGUUCACCGCCCCCUGCGUCUGGCCAACCCCCCCCCCACUGCUGCUGCUAUCAACGCCAGAAUAAACACACUCCGUGGGUCUCAC